AAGGGGUAGCUGCACGUGACGAGGCGUCAUUGUGCACGUCCGCUCGCUGCCAAGUUCGCGACCCCUUUGCAUCAGCUGUUGCAUCCUUCACCACCUGCAGCUUCCCAACGCCGAAGUUCAAGUGCAACAUUGUACAUUGACAGACUCAUCAUUGAUAUGGACGAAGUCAUGCGCCCUCCGGCGCUCGAUGAGCUCGGAUUGCCUCUGAACCGCGGCGACAAUGAGCCCGUCGGCGAUGAGAUGAUGCAGCGUUUUGCAGCUGGGGACUUUUCAGGCUUCAAUCUGCCACAACCGUCCUCAUUCCCCACUGCGGCCGAAGCUCAAAAAGAGGCACGAGAACGGUCGACAGAGGUUUUAUCAUCAUGGAACAAACUGCGGCAGAUAUUGGAAAGAUACGAGGAGGUUAUACGCAGGCGUUGGAUGAAGAAGACAAAAACGCAGAGGACGGCCAUUCUUUUAAAAGCUUGGCCAAAUAUGUCACCUACGCAUCGACCAGAUUAUGAAGCCAUGCGCAAGGAGAAUCCCGCAACCGUUCGAUCUGGGGGAACAAAAUUCCGAGAAGCAUACAUGUGGCCUGACAUCAAUGUCGAGGAUCUGGUCAAGGGGAAGGCGUUGCUACUUCUUUUGAAUUCACGAGGUCGAAACACCCCACAAAUGUUCGCCCACGCAGACUUCGACGCGAUGCGGGUGGGUCACGUAAGCGGCGCUUGCAUGCCUCCGUUUCUCAAUAUGUACACAAUGUUGCUCGAGGGAGAAGCAGUCGGGACAUAUGGACGUCUAGUGUCCUGGGAUGAUGACGAGGAAGCUAUGAUGAAAACAUUCAAUGGACUUGGAUUUCUGCCUGGGCAAGGCCUUAUGAUUUUGGAGAUCCAGCAGAAACUGUUGAGCUUCCUCCUCGCAUGUUGCUACUCCAUUCUUCAUGAAAUGGAGCCGUCUUCCAUGGUCAAUGAAGCACCAACUAAGCCAGAACCAUCUCCGUUAUCAGAUAGCGGGGAAUAUCCAACUCUAGCAACUAUUGCUGCCGAAGCUCCCUAUCGCCUCCCUGCUCGACUCGACUUCAACCGCCUCAAGGCUUUAGUCAAUGCGAAACGUUCAAGCGUUGAGGAUCACAUCCGUGGCUUGAGGGAAGAUCCAGGUUACUUCGCAGACGUUCUCGGAGAUUGGAGUGAGCAUCGUCAAGAGAAAUUGCCGGAUACGAAUAGGAGGCGCCACCCGGUGCUUGAUGAGCCAUUGUUCUGGGAGCGAGUUAUUGGUAACGUUGUCACGGAUGCUUAUGGCGGACUGGUCGUCUGGGAUAUCAUCAGUGAACAACUCACUGAAUUGGCCGCUCUCCAAGCGAAGUACUCCAAUGCCAUCACUCCGGAGAAGACGCUUCCACCAGAAUAUCUGAAGGCACUGUUGAAAUUCAGAUAUACGUUGGAUCAAUCGAAGACGGGUCCGAUUGCCCAACUGAAGACCGGACUCCCAGCCUCACCUUACUACCGUUCUACAUUCGACAGAGAACCUCAUGUGCCAGGAUCGAAUAUGAUUCGACUCCAGAGCAAGACUAAGCCAGACCAGCUAAUGUGGCUCUUCAAUAACCUUUGGACUGACAGUAAACUCGAUUUAUUGAGCUUACCGGGCCUUGUGGACGAGAUUGAGCAUCACAUACAAAGCGAUCCUAAAGAGAAGGCUAAAAUCUCCCUUUGGGUUGCUCGAAUUUUCGGCGAACUCGGCCUCAUUGCACGAAUUCGACACGAGCUAGAUAUAUAUCAGCCGUGGGCCUCCGGUUUUGACAGCGGAUAUGCGGAAUAUCGAGACGAAGUUGAAAAAGAUUUUCCGCGGCGAUUUGCUUCGCUCGCAGAGAUCCAGAAUAACUCCCAAGGACUCUCGGUCGCCAAGUUUGGCAGUCCAACAGAUGGCCGGUUUUACUACCCAUCUGAUAAGCGACCGACGAAAGUUACCACGCACAGUAUGCGGAAGGCAGAAGCUGACCUGGAUCUGUUUUGGGAGAAAGUCAAUACCCACUACAGACGAAAAAUUGGAAAGUCACUCGAUCAGGUUGUACAACAUAUCUUCACGGAGGCGCGUGGCCCCCUGGAACGAACUGCCGAAUGGAUCGAGCCUAUCAAAGAAAAGAAGAAGAAGUCCACAGCUCAGCCUUCCACAGCCCGGCCUGAUCUCGAUUUGGGACACCACUUGACUUCGUUGCGACUUGCGUCCGAGGAACCUUCUAAAUUUGUCCCCCUUCAGCCAAAGCUCAAGCCCAAGACGCGGGGAUCAACGCAAGACAAAACGGAUGCCAUCGAAGAAACUGCUCCAAUACAGGCAGUUGGCGACGAGCACCCUGUCUUCAGUCUGAAAAACCGGGCCUUCAAAGUCUUCAAGGCCUUGUUCUACAACCCUAAUCAAUCCGAUUUGCCGGGCGAGAUUCCAUGGGCGGACUUCCUCUUUGCUAUGGCUGCAACAGGCUUUGCGCCCGAGAAGUUGUACGGAUCUGUUUGGCAAUUUACUCCAUCUGCUCUUGAUGUUGAACGCAGCAUCCAGUUCCAUGAGCCACAUCCGGUAGGCAAAAUCCCCUUUCGGAAUGCCAGACGAAUUGGGCGACGCUUGAGUCGAGCAUAUGGAUGGCAUGGGGCUAUGUUUGCGCUUGAGUAGACUAGACUCGCAGGUGAUGACUUCAAUAUUCUGAGAGAUCUUAGACAUUUAAAGGGGUUAGACUAUCGGCUGUACGAUAAGUCGAGGGAACAUUUGGAGAGAUAGAGCAUUCGUGUUCAAUGUCCGAUGGCCACCUGGUCAUUGAAACUACCCCCUCUUAAAUGUAUACCUGC